AUGAGCUCAAAUGUGGUGCUAAAGUUAAUGAACAUCAUUAACGGACUCCAACUGAUGCAGGCAAUUUGUCAUUUUCUAUCAGGACCUAUGAUAGUAUUUCCAAAGUUGCAUGAAAGGAUUCAUUUGGCGAUAGGGGUCAUUGGAACUUUACUGAACAUCGGAUGGGUUGGCGAGUUCCCUAUAAUCACUAUUCUUGCGUUUUGUCGAAUUCUGAUAUUCAACAACACAAUCACCCUGAAGAAGAUGCCAGUCGUUGUAGAGCUCAUGCUCGUUCUCCUCGGAGGAUGGGCAAUUGUUCUAUUCUUUUUCGGUUCCUACUUCCAAUAUGUUAUCCUUGAUUCCCCAAACUGGGGCUUCAAUUACAGUCUCCCAGUAAUGAAAUUCGUUGAUGCCCAAGAACUAACAAUAAGCUUCACUUGUUUGCCGUUAACCUAUUUGGCUUAUAUGUUCAUGGCUUAUUUGAUUUUCAAGAACUCUUGUCUAGCGACUGUCUUGAAUUUCACAUUUAUCUAUAACUAUUUUGGUGAUAAGAAGCAAAGAAAGAGUUUGUUUAACCUGGUUUGCGUUGUUCGGGCAUUUAAUAACUCGUUCAUUUUGUUAGUCGCUUUCCUUGGAAUCUUUCUUUCUGUUACUAUUUUAGGCCACAAUUAUUUCCCACCGAUUCUCGAAUCUCUUUCAAUUUCUAUAUCCCUCAACUGCAAUAUUCAUAAUGAACUCCAAGGAGUAUUCAUGGCAUUUAACAGAUUUUUCGCAUUGUUUUUCACUGCAAAAUAUGAAAAAGUGUUCAAUAUGAAAAUCACGAUUAUCUCACAUCUUGCUAUCGAAACCCAAACCUACUUGGUCUUCAAUGCAAGCCGGCUGGCUUACGGUGGCCUUGUGGAUUCUACUACUAAAAUGUCUUACUGGGCGAUUUUCUACUUUGUUGUGCCGUUUGCAAUCAACAUACCGACAUUCUUUAAAUGCUAUUAUUUGAGAAAGAGACUGUCCCGAGACCCUUCUGAAAACGGAAAACACAUUCGAAGGAACAUUUCAGAGUUUAUCCAGACUGUUUUCCAAGAUUCGAUUUGGCAAAUCAGUUUUGUUUUUAAUAUGAAAUUCAAGAAGCUCUCUCACAGAACUUAUUCAAUAUCUGGUGAAUAUUUCAGCACUAUAAUAGACGACAGACGUUGGACAUUCUUCUGUCAGACUUUUAUAUGGUAA